GCAGCCACACCGCCUCGUCAUCCGAAGCCGGGAGUUGCAGCGACCGAAGCGUCCGUCUCCCCUUCCUCACAUGGCGCCGCCCCUCGCCGCCGGCGUCUCCUCCUCGUCGCCCCUCUUCUCCCCCUCGUCGUCCCGCCCCCUCCUCCGCCGCCAUGCGCCCCCGAGCUCCGUCUCCUUCCAAGCGCGACGCUGCUCCCCGCCCGCGGCGGUGGCCGAAUCCUCCGGGAGCGCGCUUCUCGAGGUUCGCGGGCUCACCGCCUCGGUGAAGGAGACCGGCCAGCAGAUCCUAGCCGGCGUAGACCUCACCAUCCGCGAGGGCGAGAUUCAUGUGAUCAUGGGGAAGAACGGCUCCGGCAAGAGCACCCUCACGAAGGUUCUUGUUGGCCAUCCACAUUAUGAGGUCACUGGCGGUACCAUUCUCUUUAAGGGUGAGGACUUGGUUGACAUGGAGCCAGAGGAAAGAUCUCUUGCAGGCCUUUUUAUGAGUUUCCAAGCACCUAUUGAGAUUCCUGGAGUGAGCAAUUUUGAUUUUCUGCUCAUGGCAGUAAAUGCUCGCAGAGAGAAGAGUGGUCUACCAGCACUGGGGCCUCUUGAGUUUUAUUCAAUCGUACAACCAAAAGUUGAUGCCUUGAAGAUGGACCUAAAGUUCCUUGAUCGCAAUGUCAAUGAAGGGUUUAGCGGUGGAGAAAGGAAGCGCAAUGAGAUUUUGCAACUUUCAGUCAUUGGAGCAGAUUUAGCUCUUCUUGAUGAGAUUGAUUCAGGAUUGGAUGUUGAUGCACUUGAAGAUGUAGCUAAUGCAGUGAAUGGGCUCUUGACACCCCAAAACUCUGUUCUGAUGAUUACACAUUACCAACGUCUUUUGGAUCUCAUUAAGCCUAGCUAUGUUCACAUCAUGGAAAAUGGCAAGAUAAUCAAGACGGGUGACAGUUCUCUUGCCACCCACAUUAGUGAAGGUGGCUUCAAAUCAAUUUCUCUUGUAUAGCGUGAAGGUCAAACACUUGAAAUGACUUGUUGGGCUUGUUCACCCGUCAGUAGCCUACUUGUCAACAGAGUGGUUACUGCUUGGGGUUUGCAUCUACUAUGCAUGUUGGGAGUAGCACGUACUAAAGUCAGUAUCCCAUUCGACCAGACAUGUUAUCUUUUGAAGGUGGAGACCUGGCGAGUCCUCAAUAGACCAACUCCUCUCUGUAAGAUAGUGCUACAAGUAGAAAUACCCAGGGAAAAUAUCUUGCAUAUGCAUACAAGAUCCACAUUUUUUGUAAGUUUGAGUAUGACUUGUUGCCUCAGGCAUCUGGUCGUCAAUAUUGGUUCUGUGUGCAAUUUUGUAAACAUUUUUUAGUCUUGUAGUGCAGGCCUAGAAAGCUUCUCUGUUGUCCCCAUACUGACAAAGGAUUCAAUUUGAAGCUUGUUUCCGUGGUGUGUUUUUCAACAUGCCCUGUAUGUUC